AUGACGACCGCGGUAAGAACCGCUGGCCGGCCAAGAAUACCCGCUGAUUCAACCGUCUCGGCGUCACGUAACGCCGAUGAGGAUUACAAGAAGGCCUGCAAGGAGGUUGCCUAUACCUUUGAGUACGUAGUCCGGUGUCCCUUUGGCACCAGGCACGGCAAUGACGAGGACAAGGAAGACCGCGAGCAGCACCUCGCCUUCGUGGAACUCGAGAGGCAAAAGCCCAAGCAGAAAUGCGACGGGGGCAAGACGUGCCUCUGCACCAAGCCGGCGGCCAAGCACCCGGACGUGCCCUAUGUCAUCACACACGCCGGCUUCCGCAAGCUCAUGAACCAGUAG